AUGAAUAAGGCCAUACCGCAGCCAUUCGAUAAAAACAAUCCUAUUGUUUUUCUAGAUAUUAAUAUCGGCGAGGAGUUCGCUGGUCGCAUGAUUAUUGAACUACGCAAAGAUGUGGUGCCUAAAACAGCAGAGAAUUUUCGAGCCCUUUGUACGGGGGAAAAGGGCAUUGGAACAAUGGAUAAACCAUUGCAUUAUAAAGGUAUACGGUUUCAUAAGGUGACACGAGUGUAUGUGGCACAAAGUGGUGAUGUGAUCAACAAUGAUGGAACCGGUGGUGAAAGUAUUUAUGGACCUGUUUUUGAAGAUGAAAAUUUCAUAUUGGAUCAUUCUGAUGAAGGUGUUGUUAGUAUGGCCAAUUUUGGAAAGCCAAAUACAAAUAAUUCUCAAUUCUUUAUUACAUCAAUGGCCUGUGACAAUCUGAAUGGCACCAAUGUUGUUGUCGGCAAAGUCUUAAGAGGUUUGGGUAUUAUCGGGGAAAUGGAUCAAAAUACAAGCGAUGAGGGUGUACCUACAACGGACAUCAUCAUAACUAAUUGCGGCGAAAUAAAACCUGGUGAAAACUGGGGUAUUAAUGACAGCGAUGAAACAAAUGAAUGCCUACCGCCAUUUCCACAAGAUUGGGAUGAUAAAUUUAAGGAAUUUUCGUCCGACGAACUAGUGGAAUUAUUGACAUCAAUUCGCAAUGCCGGUAAUCAUUUCUUUACAAAACAGGAAUAUUACAAUGCACGUAGGAAAUAUCGCAAGGCAAAUCGCUAUUAUAACCUAUUACGCAAACGAUAUGAUUGGCAAGAACUGGAACAUCUCAAAUGUUCAGAUGAAGACCUUAAGAAAUUAGACAGCUUCUCUGCCAUCAAUCAGCUAAAUAUGGCUGCCGUUGAACUGAAAUUAAAUAAAUACACAAAUGCUCAUUAUUGUUGUCGUGAAGUUUUACGUUUAGAUCCGAAUUGUGGUAAAGCAUAUUAUCGUCUUGGACAAGCACAAAUUGGAUUGAAAAAUUACGAAGAGGCUAUAGAAAAUCUAAAAAAAGCACAUGACAUGAUACCAGACAACAAAACAAUAUUAUCUGAAUUAAAUCGUGCCAAACAACUAAUGGCGGAUUACAAUCGUUCACAGAUGGUACACCUCAAGAAAUUGUUUAAGUAGUAAAAAUAUUG